AUGUCGCAGUGGAGAAUGCAUCGCGAGAAAUUCGUCUGUAUAUGGCUUGAAAAAAGUCCUGAUCGAUCAAAUAAUUAUGUUGAUAUUCAAACAAUUUUUCCUUCGAUUCAAACAUUCCAUAGUGCACAUCAAUGUGCGGAUUAUAUUGACGAUCUUACUGAUAAGAAAGCAGUCUUGAUUACUACGGAUGCCUUUGCACAAGAAAUCAUUCCUGUUAUUCAUGCCUAUGAACAAGUCUAUUCAGUUUACUUAUUUGUUUCAAAACAAUCGAUAAAUCAAGCAUGGAUAGAACCUUAUCCAAAAAUUCAAGGACUAUUUCAUGAUAGGCAACAACUUGUCGAUCAAAUUAAGAAAGACAUCACCCAAUAUCACACUGACGCCGCCUCAAUCUCCUUCCUUUCUUCAAAUAAUAUCAAUCAACAAGAUCCUUCAUUUAUGUAUUCUCAGUUAUUAAAAGAAAUCAUUCUCAACGAUCACAAAGACGAACAAGAAGAAGUCACUCGACAAGAUAUGUUACGUUACUGUCGUCAUGUCAAUGAGAAUGAUGCAAUGAAUCUAAAUAUUAUCGAUGAAUUUGAUCGAAACUUCAUUCCGGAACUAUCUGUCUAUUGGUACACAAGAGAAUGUUUUCUCUAUAAAAUGUUGAAUAAGGCAUUAUGGAAACCCAAACCUCAUGUUCUUUACAAAUUACGAUAUUUUCUUCGCCAUCUGCAUCAGCAGAUUGUCAGCCAAGCUGAAUUACAACGUGCGAACCGUUUGCCAAUGACUGUUUAUCGUGGUCAGAAUGUAUCGUUAGAUCACAUCGAAAAACUGAAGCGAAAUAUCGGCGGUUUUCUUUCGUUCAAUAACUAUGUCUCCACGUCGGUUCGACGAGAAGUGGCGAUUACUUUCCUUUCGAAAAUCAAAACAGGUGUUCUGUUCGAAAUGAAAGUGGAUCCUUCAAUUGACAGAUUUCCGUUUGCGAAUAUUAAACACUUAUCCUAUCAACAAGGCAUGGAGACUGAAGAAGAAUUACUCUUUUCCAUGGGAACAGUCUUUCGUAUUCAAAACGUCAACAAAGAUGAUGAUUUCUAUACCGUUCAACUCAUAUUGAGCGCAGAUAUUGAUGAAGAAUUGGAAGCAUACACGAAAAAGAUACGUGAACAUGUCCGAUCGUCUCAUUCGUUUUUGUCCCUAUUGAAACUCAUGGAGGAACUUUCGCAAUUUGAUAGUAUCAAACAUUUCAUUGAAGUCUUUCGAGAAGACGAAACAUUUUCGACAAACGCACACCUUCUCGGUUCAAUCCAUCAUGCUUUUGGUACCAUUCACAAUGGUCGUGGGCAAGGGAAAGAAGCACUAGAUCAGUUUCAACAAGCCCUUUCUCAAUAUUUGACCAUUCUACCCAGAGAUCAUCCGAAAUUAUCCCCCACUUACAAUAAUAUUGGAUCUGCUCAUGUCACACAAUCAAACUAUGAGACAGCAUUGAGUUUCUUUCAAUUAGCGAUCGACUGUCAGGCGAAUAGUCCUACACCUGACAUAUCGUCUCUAGUCACUUACAUAAACAAUAUGGGCUCCGUUUACUUUCAACUGGAUCAAUUUAAUAAAGCUUUAGAAUAUUAUAAACGUGCACUUGAUGUCCAGUUAAAACACCGAGAUGAUGAUCAUUCUGCACUAAUCAGCAUGUACAAUGUGAUUAGUAUUAUCUAUUAUCAAUUAAAAGAUCCCCAACAAGCAGAAUUCUAUCAUGACAAAGCACUUACAUCACAAAAGUGGACGACUCAAUUUAAUCCAAUAGCAUCCAUCGCUCCUUUACUCACUACCGGUACUCUUUGUAUUGCACAAAAACAAUACCAACAAGCUCUAGUUCAUUUCAAUCAAGCAUUGAAAAUUCAGCAGCGAUAUCUGUUACCGAACAAUCCAGAAUUCUUCACAACGUUCGAUUGUAUAGCGAACGCUUAUUUCAAUAUACCGAAAGGUCACGCUGGUCUAUCACAAUGGACGAGUGCAUUGACUUAUGAUUAUCAGGCAAUGAAACAAACACGACAGGCAAACGAAAACGAUCGAUCUCAAUUAUUUUUAAUUAUUCAACAUUUAGCCUAUAUUUUCGAGCAACAGGAAAACUAUGAUGAAGCAUUGGAUUAUUAUCAGCAGGCGAUAAAUAUUCAAACGCAAUUUCUUCCAGUAAAUAGAGAUGAUUUAAUCACGAUAUACGAUCAUAUGGCCAACAUCUAUUUGAUACAAGGUCGAACUGAAAAUGCUUUGAUCUACUACAAGAAAGCAUUAGCCAUGGAACAACAAUUAAAACCUGAUGCUCAUCUUUCCAUUGCUUUGAGUUACAUGAACAUUGCAAAAGUAUAUGCUGAUUCAUUAUGUUGGUCAGACGCGUUAGAAUAUGGCUUGAACGCAGUUCAACAUAUGAAGAUUUCAUCGCAAGCAGAUGCUUCAACUCUAGCACCCUUAAUACAAUACAUAUCGUAUAUAUAUCGUCAACAGUGUGACUAUCAACAAGUCAUAAUCUAUUCUCACGAAGCUUUGAACUUAUAUACAACUUAUCUAUCAGACGAUGAUCCGUCAUUACUCCGUGUCUAUAAUCGAAUUAGUCAUGCUUAUUAUACUUUGAAGCAGUAUCGCAAAUCAAUUCCAUUCUAUCAGAAAAUAAUAACUAUUGAAUUGAAAACAUUAGCCAACGACGCUAAAACCAUUGGUGUUUCCUAUCUGAAUUUGUCUACUGCUUACAUGGAUCUUGAAAAUUUUGAUGAAGCAUUGUCAACAGGCAGUCAAGCACUCGAUCAACUCUUGAAAACCUUACCACAUAACCAUCCCGAAGUUGUUCGAGUACAGAUCUAUCUAAAUGCAAUCAAAAUACGGCAAAUACUAGAAACUGACAAGGGAUGUUGA